UAUUUUUCUAGAAUUGUCGGGGGCGAGCGCGGUUCGCCCGGUGUAUGUAUAUCUCUAUUGCCUGUGUGGAUGUAUGAUAUGCAUGGUGGAUGAUUGUGGCUAUAGUUUAUUUGAUUAUAAUACGGCCUGCGUGUCGUGCCUUAUCUCUUAAACUCUUGUUGUAAAUCUAUUUCUCUCUCUUACCUCAACCGAGGAUUCUUUUCUCACGUGGUGGUUAAAAGAUAAAAGAUUCGAAGUCCGUUCGAGGGAAUCUAAAGGAAUGGAGAUAGCCCGAAGUCCAAAUGCCUGGAAGUCAGUGGGAGCUAUCGUUUUAUUUUCUUUUAGGGGCCACAAUCAUUACACGUUUAUUUACUGCGUAUUUUGAAUGCAUGUGAAUGUAUGUUUUACGCUAGUAAAUUGACACGUGCGCGGCAUGUGUCGUAGGUGAGAUUGUAAUUAAUAUAAAAAUCCCUCAAAAUAUUAAGUCUGUAUUGCCUUCCGGCGCCCAGCACCUUUCCGGCUAAUGUGCACUGUCACGUACUCAGCCCUAGCAGAGCGUAGUACGAUGUAUGUUAUGCUGGUCACGGGAAUCACUUAAGUGGUCAUUGUCAGACGUUGGGUUAGACUUAACUGAGUCUCAGUCAAAUGGAUGGAUGACUCAGAGGCGGGUUCGUUGGGGUCACCAUAGUGACAAGUCGAAUUACUUUACUCACUCAUCCAGCCAGAAGUUGGGUCUCUAUGACUUAAUUGGGCUUAGCCCUAACUAAAGUAGUUGUGCAUGUGGUACGUGCCAAAGCCAAUCACAUGUACAAUGAAACGGUGUUCUGGUCCGUAAGUAGUAUUGUCGUUCGCCCAACACAAGACCAAAAACUGUGAGCGCGACUCGACAGUUGGAACUAUGUUCCCACCUAAAUAGUUAAAUUCUAGGUACGAACCUCAGGUCAACUAGAAUUUAAUGAUAUAUGGAUCUUGGCCCAUUGAGAGAAUCUCUAGGAGAAUCUCCGAAUCAACAUUGAGGGUUGUUGGUUUGUUAAAAUAGUGGGAAAUAAUUAAUUAAAGGCCUAAUUAAUUAUUCAACAUGAUAGAUAACCUAGUUUGCAAUUUCAUUCUGUAGAUGGCAUCAAAUAACACAUACAGUCAUUCCAUCAACCUGCAGUAUAUCCUCGAGAGCCAAAUACUCUCUGGGGAAAACUUUCUUGACUGGGAGAAGAACCUACGAAUCGUUCUUGACUGUGAGAGGAAACUUUACAUCCUCGAAAAGGAUCCUCCCAAGACCCCUAAGGCAAAUGCCCGUGCGCCCGAACUCACUUCCUUCAAGAAGUAUGAGGACGACGCGCGAGAUGUUAAGUGUAUCAUUAUGGCAAGUAUGACCGCGGAGCUCCAAAGGCUCCACGCGGACAUGGAAGCGCGUCCUAUGAUACAUCGCUUAAGAGACCUAUUUCAGGGUCACCCCAAAAACUCGGGUAUUUACGUUAUUGAAGUCAACAUGUCUGAUUUCACCUCUUGGGUGAUGGAUACUGGAUGUGGUUCUCACAUCUGUACUUCUAUGCAAAAUUUGCAUGAAGUUAGACAUUUGACUGAGGGAGCAGCUUAAGGUCGGAAACAGAGCACUUGUCAAUGCGCUGGCUGUAGGAACUUAUGUUCUAUCUCUCCCCAGUGGCUUGUUGUUGCAUUUAAACAAUUGCUUGUUUGUACCUGCCAUUAGCAAGAAUAUCAUUUCUGUGUCUUGUCUUGACAAAGCAGGAUUUUCUAUUAACGUCAAAGACAAGUGUCUUUCGGUUUUCAGAAAUGAUAUUUACUAUGCAACUGCUAAGAUGACCAAUGGUCUUUAUAUCUUAGACUUAGACGCCACUGUUUAUAACGUAGAUGUUAAGAGAAGCAAACCAAACAGUUUGAAUCUCACAUACCUUUGGCAUUGUCGUUUGGGCCACAUUAACGAGAAACGCAUAUCUAAGUUACGUCACUCUGGCGUACUUGAUUCAUUUGACCUCGAGUCUUAUGAUGUA